AUGGGAAUAGAAUACUCCCUCUACGACCCCAUUGUUUUCAAUAUCUUGUAUGCCAUCUUGAGACUUUUUGCCUCUGUUUUGUGCUUGCAUAAUUCGACCAGGUUUGAAUGUGAUGAAUCUCAUGGCUUGGUGAUGAUAACAUCAACAGCAAUAUCAUUGAUGAUGAUGUCUGGCGUUCCAUUUCCCGAGUUCUGGGUCCGGAAGAUGCGGUCGUUCUACGUCAUCUUCGAUCGUGACCUUGACGGCUUAGUGCAGCGCGAGGAUUACGUGGACUGGCCGGUGGGGAGGGCGAACAAAAACAUGACCCCCGAGAAGGCCGAGUCCCUGUACGGCCUCGUGAGCAGCGCGUGGGACGUGUUUUGGGCAGGAGAAGAGAAAAGAAAGUCCGUCACCAUCGACCAAAUGGUCAAGGAGCACUCCCGAACCUUUGAUACGCAGUCCAGCUUCCACGAGUCCCUUGAAAAGUGGCUGGAGAUUUGCUUUGACGAUGUGGACGCCAAUGACGAUGGCUGCAUCACUCUGGAGGAGUACACCACGUUCCUGAAAUGCUACGGUGUUCACCCCUAUUCCGUCACUCCGUCUUUUGAAGCCCUUGACACCAACCACGACGGCCUGAUCAGCAAGGAGGAGUUUAAAAACGCCGGUCGUGAUUAUUUCAAAGUCACUGCCGAUACACCGGCCAAGUUGUUCUGGGGGCCAUUCAGAGCGUAAAUUGAAUACUUUAGGGGCAUUUA